AAUAACAACAAAGGGUGUAGUUGAGACCUAGUCGGGGCUAGCGAAAAGAACGACGUUGCUCCGAAUUCAGGGUCCAGAAACGUUAAUUUCUUCUGCGAAGAAAAGCAAAUAUAUUUUUGUACCUUGAAGAAAAUAUCUACCUCAGAGUGUUGUUUUGUAUGUCAAGAUAUUUUUUGCUGUUUACAUUUUUCUUCCUGCUGCCGCAGGCCUUUCUAUAUUUUGUGUUUGUUUUGCACACUUUUGGAAACUAUGAGUGACAUUCAGAGUGCCCUCCUUGUCAGAUGAGCACCUCGCCCCUCAUGACCGUCCGCACCUUCCGGGAAACUUUUCCGAGCAGCGGCUCCCGCAGCUGAUGACCAAAGCACCCCACCCUCUCCCUCCGCCCGCCGCAGGUCUGACCUGUCCAGCGCAGCCCCCGGUCCCCAGGUCCACAGCCGACGCCACCAUGUUCCAGAGGUUCACCAGCAUCCUGUUCGGAGACUCCGUGGAGGACAUCCGAGGAGGAAUGGCCCAGCCAGGCUUCGAUGAGAAGGAGGAUGACGACGAGUGGAUCUUGGUGAAUUGCCUGGCCGAGGCCCGUGCAGGCUCCUGUGGGGAGGGCCUGGUGGAGAUUAGCCCCGAGGACCUGGCUGACCUGGAGGCCCCUUCUCCUGACCAUCCGCUUCGCUCCUACUCCUGCUCCUCGCUGUACUCGGCCGCCGACACCGACCUUGACCCAGAGGAUGGUGGUUUCUUGCGGCUGGAUGCGGCAGGCGAAGGCGAGGAGGAGGAGGAGGAGGAGGACGACGAGGAUGACGAAGGAGAGGAUGGGGCGUUUAAGGGCUGCGCGUUGGAGGAGAGCUGGUUCAUCACCCCGCCGCCGUGCUUCACCGCUGGGGGUCGCACUCCUGUCCUGCUGGAGACCAGCCCCCUGGAGAACCUACUGAUCGAGCACCCGAGCAUGUCCGUCUACGCUGUCCACAACCCUCGCCACGCCAGCCGACCCCUGGUGAAGGAGAACUCUCAUGAGCCAUCCCUGCACAGGACGGAGGUCCAGCGCCGGCCGAGCCACUCUACUGGCUGCUAUGCAGCCGCCUUGGCCGCCCAUGCCAGCCUCCUGGCGCAGGUCAAACAUGGCCGCCUCGCGCAGCGGAUCCGGGACAACGUGGAUCGCCAGAGCCUCUCCCGCAACGCCCUGCGCCGUCUCAACAUGCUCCGCGAGGGCCGGCCCCGGCAUGCCAAGUCCACUACUGGGCUUGUCCAUCAGCCUGGCCAGAGGCACUUCAACUACUGAAGCCGCCCCCCUUUCACCCCUCUUCCCAUCACUUGCCCUCUUUCUGCCCCAACAAUCAGCUCUCCAAACCACCUCACCACCACCACCUCCAUGGCCAGGAAUAUGUCUUUCACAAAGAUGUAAUAAUGGAGUACUUUGCAAAUCAGAGCCUUUAUACCGUAGGUCACUUUAUUAAUGGCAGGUUUGCUCGCAACUGGAUAGAUGGUUUUGAGGCUUGUCAUAGAGGAGCAACACCAAUCCCACUCCAUUUUUGUCUUCUAUGCUUUGAGCUGUGCGUGCAAGCGAACAAGUGUGUGUGUGUGUGCGUGUGUGCGUGCGUGUGUGAUUUGUUGGUUAGUGCCAGAGCAGACAAGCAGAUGGGAAUUUUGCCUUCUUAAUAAGCCUCAACUGGUGCUCUACUACCAAGAGCCAGGUGAACGGCUCAUCCCUGGCCAUGAAGAACAGUUACCACACAAAAUGGCAGUGUAGAUCCUCAGUGUCGUUUCAAAGCCAUAAUAACUUCUUCAGGCUAGUAACACAGUCUGUCUUGGGUAGAGCAAACUUUGCUGUGAUUUAUAUAGAUUAGUACUUACACUUUUAUUUUGUGAAUUAAAAGACAGAAAAUGUUCAAUAAUGGGUGUUUCACUAACAGCCUCGUUUGACUUGUAGACAAAUAAUGUAAAAUAUAUAUAAAAUGGGAAAAAAAAUUCCAAAAAAUAUUUUUUGAAAGGAAAAAAAGAUGGCUUAUAUAUUACAUAUCAGUAUGAAUUUGUGUAUGCGCGUAUGUUAUUCUGUGUAUGUAUGUAAGUAAACCACAGUUUGUUUUGGUUUUUAUCUCUAAAUUAUGUGGUUCAUUGUAUGGUUGUGUAGUUCUAGAUUCCAGAAUGAUGAAAAAUGUUGAAAAAAAAAAAAACUUUUUGAAUAUUGUAUCUUUCUUGUAACUUGUAAAUCUGCAGUACACUUCUCAGGGUCAGAACUCUUCACCUUUUACUAAAAUGCAGAUUACUUGAUGGAUGUUAAUUGUCUUGUACAUACUGGAAAACCUCUUAAAAUUAUCAAAAUGUGGACAAUGCCUUGUGGAGAUGUUUGUAAUCCGUGGAACUUCUUAAAGGAGAAAAAAAAGGUGUUUUUCAUUGAAGCAGAAAAGAAGUCAAAUGCUUGCUUGAGGACUGUGAAAAUUAUUUCUUUUUUUUUCUCCUCAAUCGACUGUUAAAACGUAUGAAGAUGGAGUGAAACUAUUAGUAUUUUUUUUAGUUAUUUUUACAGUACAGUGAUCUUUCCAUAGUUUAAUGUGUGUCUGGUUUGGUUUCAUAAUCUUAAUACAAUCCUUGCCCAAUAGAAGUGUACCAGUUCUCAGAGCAGCAGUCUUUCCUACUGUUAUCUGUUGUUAUUCCUUACUGCCUUAUGAAUACCCCGUGUUGUAGGUGGAGACCAGAGGGCCAUGAUUGUUCUGCCCAGACUGAAUUCUUUUGAAGGAAAGGGCAGUAGGGAAUGACUAUGGACACCAUGCACCUUCCAGAUUCACUUGUUGUUUUUUUUGUUGUUGUUGCUCUUAGAUCCAGUGCAAAUGACUAUUAAGUGCUCACUAUUGUUUGGUUGUUACUUUUUAUGUUCUUCUUUUUCAAGCAGUUGGUAGCAUACACAAGACACUAUGUUAUAUAGCUAUUUAGGACAGUUGUCUUUGUGUAUGUGGCUGUGUGUGAUGUUCUAGUAUGACUGUGUGAGCUAUGUAUGCUGUUUCCGAUUCUUAUUUGUUACUCAGUUCAAAAGACGAAGGGAACGGGAGCUGUGCGAAUUGUCUCCAUUUUCCGCGAAUAUGCUGGACAAGCCCCCCACCCCAUCUUUCUCUCAAUUUCGCAUAUGUUUAUCACAGGGAUUCUAUUAUUUUUUGCCUUGAAUUGUGUUGAUCACGUGCCUUCCAGGUUAAAACAUUAUGACAAUGCAUUUACAGAGAACUUGAAAAGUCCAGUAAGGACACAACCAUAAACAAAAAGCGAAUUUCUAUGCACAGGGGUUAGAAUGACUCUGUGAACCACUUGCUCUGUACACCUUUUAUACACAAAAUGUAGCAGACCUCUUUUGUUUAAUGUGUGAAGUGUAUUUCUGUGGCAUUUUUUUUUCAUUGCGUGUUUAGACUGUGCUUUCAAACGAUUUUUAUAGUUUACUGGAAUUAUACAGCACUUUGCCAAAAGUGUAGGGUUUAGUAUCACAUUUAUUUAUCUGUAUUUGUUCUUAUUUUGAACCAUUACUAAUGUCAUUGACUGUUUGUAUUUUCAUUUUAAUUUGCAGAUGCAAUUAUGUAGCCCGAUCUGUUUCACUGAAAUGCAUUAUUUGGUAAAACCAUGUAAGCUACCAGUCUUCAAUAAAACGUUUCAUUAUACAA